GGAAAAAAUUGCUUAUGUAAACAUGAUUUUGUGGGUCACAUGAUCGUAUUUUAUAAUAAAGCUACUUAAGUUUUGUGAAGCGGAGCUACAGGGGGAUUGUCGACUGUGCUGACGCAAAGGAGACAGCGGAUUCCCGGAUCACGUGACGGUACAAGCUGUUGUUGUCUCAUUCAGGAUAGGAAAUUGAAUUCGUGUACUCAAAUUAAGUGACAAAAUGGCUCAUGCGUUUAAAAACUGUUCAAACCUAAUGGUCACCGGAGCCAGUCGAGGCCUCGGGCUGCAGAUAGUUGAGAGUCUGGUAACGGGAGGCUUCUCUCCCGGGAAUAUUAUCGCUACUGCUCGCAAUCCAGAUGGAGCCAAGGAAUUGCAAAUGUUGGCAGAAGAACAUCAAAACAUACACAUUAUUAAACUGGAUGUUACAUGUCAGGAGAGUAUAGAGAGAGCUGCAUCUGAGGUGGAACGGCUUGUUCAUGAGGAAGGUCUGAACUGUCUCAUCAACAAUGCUGGAAUUAAUGUAGUUGCCAACCUUGAGACGGUCACCGCACACAAGAUGUUGGAAAACUUCCAUACCAACUCUGUUGCCCCGUUGAUGAUCACCAAGGCCAUGCUCCCACUGCUGAAGCGAGCAGCUGCAAAGGGCACAGGGACAGGGAUGGGCAUCCACAGAGCAGCGGUCAUCAAUAUGACGUCUCUUCUGGGUUCAGUUGAGCUGUACUGGGGUGAUCGUGCCAACACCUUCAAAUGGUACCCAUACAGAACAUCAAAGAGUGCACUGAACAUGGUCACCAGAUGCUUGGCAGUGGACCUGGAGGCAGAUGGGAUCCUGUGUAUGGCUCUGCACCCAGGCUGGGUACGCACUGAUAUGGGUGGACCUGAAGCACCACUGAGCCCUGAGGAAAGCAUUUCCUGUGUGUUGUCUGUGAUUGGUGGUUUGACUGAAAAGGAUCAUGGGUCAUUUCUUCACUAUACUGGUGAACAACUACCCUGGUGAUGCUGCAGAUGUUUUCAGAUGCGAGGAAAAAGAGGCUUUAUUUUUGUUUUGCUAUACAUGUAUGUAUAUUUACAUAUUGAAUAAUCAACAUUCUUGUUCUUAUCAUCCCUGCUUAUAAAAUGUUAUUUUAUUAUUUGGGAUGGUGAAUGUGACCGCAAUAAGAGAGGAUCAUAAUUAGAUUAUUUUGACAAUGGCAUUCGAAGAUCAGAUUUUAAGAUAUAAUCAUAAAAUAAAGCAGGGUAUGACAGUCCUCAGAAAAGGACAACAAAAACUACCUUUUAGCCUAU